AUGAACAUCUUUACUAAGGUCCCAGGAUUAGCCCAACAAACCAGCAAGCUGGGGUCUGUGCUCCAACGUGCCUUCUACGGGUCCAGUGGGAGGGUGACCCUUUUCGAGCAGCGGAACUUCGCCGGCAGGCGGCUGGACCUGAGUUCUGACUGUGUCAGGCUCAGUGACAAGAACUUCCCAGAAAGAUGUAACUCUGUGCAGGUGGAGGGCGGAGCAUGGAUCGGUUACGAGCACGAGAACUUCCGGGGCCGUCAGUACCUGUGGGACAUGUCCGAACGGGGAGAGUACAGCUGCUACGACAAGUGGUGCGCUCAGCUGGACCACGUGUCCUCUGUCCGCGCUGUCAAACAGGACAACAACCCUGCCAGAGCUCAGCUGUUUGAGCGAGGCAGUUUCUCUGGUAAGAAGAUGGAGAUCCAGGAUGACAUCCCCAACCUGAUGAGCCGGUACAACCUCAACAGAGUCGCCUCCAUCCGCGUGCUCGGAGGAGCAUGGGUGGUCUAUCAGGAGCCAAACUACAGAGGGCCUCAUUAUGUCCUGGAGAAGCGUGAUUACAACAACUUCUCUGACUGGGGCAGUCAGAGCAACACCGUGGGCUCCAUGCGCAGAGUCCGCUUCAACUAAACGCCAUCGCCGAAGUCCUGCCAACACGAAGCCUGUCAGCCGAACACUUUGUAAUAAACUGUAAAAAGACAAA